AUGGCUCUUCUGUGGCUGCUGAGCUGCCUGGCGCUGGCGGGCUCUGCCCGCUGCGGUGUGCCCGCCAUCACGCCCGUCAUCCGCGGCUACAACCGCAUCGUCAACGGGGAGCCGGCGGUGCCAGGAUCCUGGCCAUGGCAGGUCUCCCUCCAGCGCUACAACGGCUUCCACUUCUGCGGUGGGUCACUGAUCAGUGAGAACUGGGUGGUCACCGCUGCCCACUGUGGCGUCAGGACCACCGACACCGUGGUGGUGGGUGCCUACGACCAGGACUCACCCUCCGCUGAUCAGCAGAAGCUGACCAUCGAGAAGGUCUUCAAGAACCCCAGGUUCAACAUGCUGACCAUCCGCGACGACAUCACCCUGCUCAAACUGGCCACCCCGGCACGGCUGUCUGCCCGUGUGUCCCCCGUCUGCCUGCCCGAGGCCACCGAUGACUUCCCAGGGGGCAUGACCUGCGUCACCACUGGCUGGGGGCUCACUGACCCCAACGCCUCGGGGACGCCGGCGGUGCUGCAGCAGGUGGCCCUGCCCCUGCUCACCAACGCGCAGUGCAAGCAGUACUGGGGGUACCGCAUCGCUGACGUGAUGGUGUGCGCCGGCGCCGACGGCGCCUCCUCCUGCAUGGGCGACUCCGGGGGCCCGCUGGUGUGCCAGAAGGACGGCGCCUGGACCCUGGUGGGCAUCGUCUCCUGGGGCAGCAGCACCUGCGACCCCAACGUGCCCGGCGUCUACGCCCGCGUCACCAUGCUCCGCAACUGGAUCGACUCCAUCCUGGCGGCCAACUGA